GCUGGAGCCGGAGCCGGAGCCUGAGCCUGAGCCCCAGCUGCUGCCAGAGCCCGAGCAGAGCCCAGCCAGGGGGACCAGGCACCCGGGGCUGAUUAGGCCCGCCCAGGUCCGCUCCACCCGGCCGGGCCAAGGUGCGGUGGGUCCCAGGCACCCCCCCCCCCACCCAUCAUGAACUCGAGAAAGAGAGGGAGCCCCUCUCGGACUCAUUCGAUGAUGUCGCUGUCUGUUCGGCCCCAACGUCGAAUUCUCACUGCCAGGAUCAAUAGGAGCCAGUCCUUCGCAGGUGUCCUCAGUGGCCAGGACCGGGGGGGCAGGAGCCUAGCAGCCUUCAGCCCCCCUGUGGUCCCCCGAAAAACACCUGCCAUUGUCCGAGUCUCCAGGAUGUUCUCCAUGGCACACCCACCUCCAAAGGUGCCUCAGCCAGAGCGGCUGGACCAGGUGUAUGAAGCCCUGAAGAGGGGCCUAACGGCCUAUCUGGAGGUGCAUCAGUUAGAACAGGAGAAACUCCAAGUUCAAAUCAGAGAAUCCAAGAGAAAUUCUAGGCUGGGCUUUCUCUAUGAGUUGGACAAGCAAGUUAAAUCUAUUGAGCGUUUUCUCCGACGCCUGGAGUUCCACGUCAGCAAGAUUGAUGAGCUAUAUGACGGAUAUUGCAUCCAGCGGCGGUUACGGGAUGGCGCGUACAACAUGGUGCGGGCUUAUACUUCAGGGACUCCUGGGAGCCGGGAGGCCAGGGACAGUCUGGCCGAAGCUACUCGCGGGCACCGAGAGUACACUGAGAGCAUGUGUUUGCUGGAGAGUGAACUCGAAGGGCAAUUGGGUGAAUUCCACCUCAAAAUGAAAGGGCUGGCUGGUUUUGCCCGGCUGUGUGUUGGGGACCAAUAUGAGAUCUAUAUGAAAUACGGGCGUCAGCGCUGGAAGCUGCGAGGACGGAUCGAAAGCAGCGGGAAGCAAGUUUGGGACAGCGAGGACAUGGUCUUCCUGCCGCUGCUCACAGAAUUCCUCUCCAUUAAGGUCACGGAACUAAAGAGCCUGGCGAACCACGUGGUGGUGGGCAGUGUCUCCUGUGAGACCAAGGACCUGUUUGCCGCCCUGCCUCAGGUGGUGGCUGUGGAUAUCAAUGACCUGGGCACCAUCAAGCUCAGCCUCGAGGUCACUUGGAGCCCCUUUGACAAGGAUGACCAACCUUCUGCGGCUUCCACAGUCACCAAGGCCUCCACUGUCAGCAAGCGCUUUUCCACCUACAGUCAGAGUCCUCCAGACACCCCUUCCCUGCGGGAACAGGCUUUCUAUAACAUGCUCCGUCGUCAGGAGGAGCUAGAGAACGGAACGGCGUGGUCCCUGUCCUCCGAAUCCUCCGACGACUCCUCCAGCCCCCAGCUCUCCGGGGCCGCCCGCCUCACCCCACCCUCUCGGCCCCUCGUGCAGCAGCCGGAGGCUCCCCCGAUCCACAUCGCCUUCUCUCGGCCCGAGAUCCCCCAUGCCCCAGGGGAGGCCCCAGAGGAGGAGGGGCCCAAAGGCCCGGCCUUGGCCAACGGGCACAUCCCCUACAGCCGAACUCUGAGCCACAUCAGCGAGGCCAGUGUGGAUGCCGCACUGGCCGAGGCCGGCAAUGACCCUGUGGCCUUGGAGAGCCGAGCCCAGAGCCUCCUGACCCCUGUGGCCUCAGACUCUGACAUUAGCCCUCUCCCUGACCCCAGCGCUCCCCCAGACCCCGUAAGCCCAAGUCCUCCCCUCCCCUGUUUAGAUCCGACCACUCUGCAUGAAAGCCUUACCCCCCCACCCGCAGAACCAGUCACUUUAAGCCUGACCUCCUCUCCCUGCCAUCCAAGACCGGUUGAGUCCGAUUUUCCCCACCCACAUCCCAUCUGCCCCCACCCAGACCCCAUCCUCUCCCAUCCAGAGUCUGAGCCCAGUUCUGUCUGCCCAGACUUGGCCCCCUCCCCUUCAGACCCAGUCCCCAGCCCUGUCCCUACAAACCAUGUGUCACCAUUGCACUCAGACCCCGCAUCCCCCCCCUCAGAUUCCUCCUGUCCCCAUGCGUACCCCACCUCACCACCCAUAAACCCGCUGCCUGCGCAGUCACCUCUCACGGACCAUGCCCCCAGCCCCGCUGUGGCGGCCCAGGUUCCGGUCCAGGAGGCAGCCGGUAUUCCCCUAACAGAAGCCAAAGCUCCUCCCCAGAGGGGGCUGCUGGAGCAGGGAGCAGGGCUGAAGGACUCCGGGCUGGAAGAAGCCCUGGGGGCCUUGAGCUCUGCCUUGGAUGACUACCGGGGCCAGUUUCCAGAGCUGCAAGGACUGGAGCAGGAGGUGACUCGGCUUGAGAGGCUCCUUAUGCAGAGACAGGGCAUGUCCCGCAGCCGGGCUUCCAGCCUCAGCCUCACUGUGGAGCACGCGCUAGAGAGUUUUAGCUUCCUUAACGAUGAUGAAGAUGAGGAUGACGGGCCUGAGGACAGGACGCUGAGCAGCCCAGGGCUUGGGUCCGAGGCUGGGGUCAGUGGUGUGUCUGAGGAUGCCCUGGACUCCUCGACGCCCGGCCCCCUCAGCACUGGCUGCCCUGCCCUGGACAUGGCCCUGGUCUUGCACCUGCAGCACUGUGGCCACCUCUUGCUGAAACUAGGCACCUUUGGGCCCCUACGAUGUCAGGAAGCAUCAGCAUUGGAACGGCUGCUUCGGGAGGCCCUGGUGCUGGAGAUGGUGUGCCAACUUUGUGGGGGGCAAGUGGGCAAGGCCACCUCUGCUCAGGAAGUGUUGCAGUUUUCUGUUCCCCGGCCGGGUUUCCUGCCUUUCUGGGACCUGUGCACCGAGGGAGGCAAUCUCCUGGUCUGUCCAGUGGAGCGUAUCCUCUUCACUUUCUGCAGCCAGUAUGGAGCCCGUCUCUCACUGCGCCAGCCGGGCCUGGCUGAGGCUGUGUGUGUUAAAUUCCUGGAGGAUGCCAUGGGACAGAAGCUACCGAGGCGGCCUCGACCGGGGCCUGGGGAACAGCUCACAAUCUUCCAGUUUUGGAGCCACAUUGAGGCCUUGAAUAGUCCCUCCAUGGAAGCUUAUGUCACAGAGAUGGCUGAAGAGAUUUUACUUGUGAAGAACUUGAAUUCAGAUGACCAGGCUGUGGUACUCCGGGCAUUGAGACUGGCCCCUGAGGGGCGGCUUCACCGGGAUGGACUCCGGGCACUUAGCUCCCUUCUCAUCCAUGGCAACAGUAAGGUGAUGGCUGCUGUCACUACCCAGCUUCGAAGUUUAGCCCUGGGCUCCGACUUCCGGAAGAAGGCCCUGCUUUGUUUUUUAGAACAACUAGAAGAUGAGGACAUACAGACCCGGGUAGCUGGGUGUGUGGCUCUGGGCUGUCUCAAGGCUUCAGAGGGCAUUGAACCACUGGUGUAUCUGUGCCAAACAGACAAGGAGGCUGUGAGGGAAGCUGCCCGCCAGAGCCUCCUUCAGUGUGGGGAGGAUGGGCAGUCAGCUCACCGACGGCUAGAAGAAUCUCUGGAAGCUCUGCCUCGUAUCUUCGGGCCAGGAAGCAUGGCCAGCACUGCCUUCUGAGCUCCCUGCCUGCUCUCUGUCCCAGGAACACAGGGAUCUUGGGAGUCAUUGUCUAUUCCCUCAUGCCCCUCCCCUACAACCACCUUUCAGGGCUGGCCCUUCCUUGGGAGCCCCCAACCUAUGGGCCCAACUGACAUUGGCAGGGGGUAGGCUGGGGGUCAGGACCCAGGUUCCAGAGUUUCCUCCCAUCCUACAGAUUCCUAUAAAUAUAAAUCUCUUUAAUAUAUUCUUCUGCUACCCCCAGCAGAGAUUGCCACCUGCAGUCAAGUGCCUCCCCAACCUCUAUCAGGCGUUCCUCACUGAGCUGAUGUCUGGGAUCCCCUUGUGAUCCCCGGUCACUCUGCCUCUCCCCAUCAUGUCUGAUUUUGUAUUUUAUUUACAGAGUUUUGCAAAAAAUAAAAGGCAAAAUCUCUUUCCUAUGCUGUGUGGCCUUGUCACCAUCAUUCUAGAGCAUCCCAUCUUGCUGAUUCUCCAGUUCUAAAUUGAUCAAGGGGGAGGAAAGCCUUGGAGAAUCUUUUACUACAACUGUACUCUUGUCACUGUUUCACUGGGGAUCCUGGCGUGCAUCUCUGCCUAUGCACCAAAGUGUAUUGAUAUAGGCACAAGGGUAGAUUUCCAUUAAAAGCUCAUAGUAACAUUUUGCAUUUCUGUCUUUGAGAUAGGCAUUGUAUUCACAUUUUCAAAUAGGAAAACUGAGGCUCGGAGAUGAUCACACAGCUAGUCAUUGCCAGAGUAGCAACCUGAACCUGGAUCACAUAAGCCAGAUUCACCUUAUCCAACCUGUAUCUGACAUCCUGGCUGUCUCCUGAAGUAUAAUGAGCCAACAAGCAUCACUGGAUAAGCAGGCACGCAGAUCUGGGCUCUCCUCUUCCCUCCCCUGCCCAGUCUCGGUGCAAGCAGCUGGAACGUGAUUACAGACCAGCUAGUUAGUGGGAAGGGUGGUCACUGACUAUAGGUCUUUAGUUUUGAAUUUGUUUGGCGAUGGGACCUGGAGGCUCUUCCAGUGCCCAAUAUUAGGAGCUCAGGACCCGGACAAGGCUGGAGAACUCUAGAGGACGGGGAAAAUAUUGGAAGUGGUGGGGGCGGAGUGGGAAGAUCGAGCCAAGGCAGAGACAGGCAGACUAAAGGAUGGGGGAGAACCCUAAGGAAUCAAUCUUGAGAAGGAAAAGAAUAAAGAAGCUGAAGCAGGUAUGGGCACUGAAGCCAGCGAGGACUGCUGGACGAGGGACUUCUCCUCCAGAGGGCGCCAAAGUCUGUGGCUGAGCCAGGCAGAGGAGAGGGGCCAGCAGAACAGGAGGAUCGGGGCCCACAGGCCCGAAGCCUGCUCGCUCACAGGAGGGAGGACCCUGUUGGACUGAUGCUGAGAGGAGGGGAGGCCAGAGGG